CGGCUGUGCACGCUGAGGAGGGAACUAAACCAAAGGAAGUGCAAAUACCAAAGUCUGUCGGUCUUUUGGUGCCUAAUCGAACGAUUGUGGAAACACAAGGUCAAAGUCAAACGAGGGAUUAUUUUGUCUCAACUUCCCUCGCCAGUGCUGGUGGGGUGUUGGUUGCGCUUUCGGAGGGUCGCAUCUUUCAAAACACCAAACAUCCCGCUAAAUCUGAUUAUACGGAUAUUGUGGCGGGGUACGUUGACUCUGCGGAGAAGUGGUCGUCUUUUGUCGCUGAGGUUCAUGCAAGCAAAUGGAGGGCGCAUAGCAUCUUUAACACGACCAUGCAAGAUGACCGCAGCGCCCCUCUGAGAAACACGGCCCAACCCACAACAAUUGCAAAGGGCAACAAGGUCUUUCUACUUGUGGGGGGCAAUCAUCUACAAUCCGCUUCAAUAAAGGAGCAGAUUCCACAAUACUUUCAGUAUCUUGAUUUGCUUGUGGGUGAGGCCACGGAAAAUAAAGCCAUUCGAUGGGGUGAACCUACCUCGCUUUUAUCACAGAUCGAACCAUCUGCGAAAGAAAAAGGCAUUGAACGCUUCCAGACUUGCGGUGGCUCAGGCGUUCUGAUGGAGGAUGGCACGCUUGUGUUUCCUGUGAUGGCGAUGAAGGGAGAAAAUAGCGUUGCCUCCAUGAUGAUUUAUUCGAAAGACGGCAAAACAUGGGGGCUACCAAUGAACAUU